AUGUUUGAGAAGGAGAUGCGAACACAGACUUCGAUAUCCGCAAAGGAUCUCGUGAGUUUCCGAGUACAACGAGACAUCAAAGUUUGCUUUGCAGUGAGGGAGCUGAAGGAUAUCGUUGCUUUCUGUAACAAAACUUGCCUUAAUAUGGCUCUCAAGUACCAGAAUGAUGCCCGUUGUUUGAUCUUUACAGCCGACAAAGAAGAUUUGUCGAUGACCAUUGACUUUGUGAUCGCUGCGUCCGACCUAGAAGAAGACUUGGAUGCGACCACGGACAGCUCGUCACGAGGAGCAUCGCAAGUAGCUCCUUUGGCUCAUUCGAGCAGGAGCAACUUCGCAAACAUUCAACAUCAACGCGAGCCGCUGCUGACAAACGACUCGAUCGUGUCUGCUGCCACUUCAGAAUCAGUCUUGAGUCAUCGCGAUCCUGAGGACGACGAAACAGUCAGUAGUCAUCAUGACCCAGAGCGGAUGGGAGUUGUUGGCGGCUCUGUUACGAAUGGCACAGGAAGAGCAGCAAACCUUGCGUUGGGCGUGGAACCUUGA